AUGCUUCCACCUUCGCUUUCUAUUAAUAGAAAUGGAAAAAUUGUCUUAUCCGUUGCGCAAUUUUGCGUAUAUAAUUACGAGCUUCCCGACACAAAUUCGUUUAACGUUAAUCAUUAUAACGGUUUUACCGUUUACCGUUCGUUAUUGCAUAAAGAGUUUCGUGGCUUAAGUAUCGAAAAAGUAUCUCAAAUAGCGAGCACGACUUGGAAAAUUGCAGAUAAAGAAUUUCGCUCGUUUUUCGCUAACUACGCGAACGAGAUCAACUCUGCCGAAAAUAGAAUUUCACCGAGAUUCAAGUUAUUUGAGAUGAACCCUAAACGAAAAUGGAAACCGUGUAAUCAGCAAAUUAAAUAUUUAUUUGUUGAACGUGAAGAAUACAUGAGACAUGUAUUCGAAAAAGCAGUCGAAGAGUUUGAGUUCAUAUCAUUUUAA